AUGACCACUACAGAAAUUCGAGUAAAAUCGCCAGCUGAUUUCCAUGUCCAUCUCAGACAAGGUGAGAUGUGCGAGCUCGUGACGCCGCUCAUCCGGGCUGGAGGUUUCAGGUUGGCCUAUGUCAUGCCGAACCUUAAGCCACCCAUUACUACAACGGAUAUGGCUCUCAAAUACAAAGCAGAACUACAGCGCAUAGACCCACAGACCGAAUACCUCAUGACACUCUAUUUAUCUCCUGAUUUAACUCCUGAGGAAAUCCACAAAGCAGCGAAAAAAGGCAUAGUCGGUGUCAAAUCAUAUCCACGAGGAGUAACAACCAAUUCUGAAGGCGGCAUUGAGUCCUACGAGGCAUACUAUCCUGUCUUUCAAGCCAUGGAAAAAAUUGGCAUGGUCCUUAAUCUACACGGCGAAGUCCCCUCCGAUAAUUCUACCAAUACCUGUGUGCUAAACGCCGAGAUAAAGUUCCUGCCUCAUUUAAAAUCCUUGCAUCAACACUUUCCGAAACUCAAAAUCGUGCUUGAACAUGCGACUACCCGCGCUGCCGUCGAGGCUGUCAAGUCUCUUGGUCCUACAGUAGCCUGCUCCAUAACGGCUCAUCAUCUUGCGCUCACCGUCGACGACUGGGCAGGCCAGUCCUUUCAUUUUUGCAAGCCUGUUGCAAAAUACCCGGACGAUCGCCAGGCACUACGCGAAGUUAUCCGCGAAGGACAUCCUCGAUUCUUCCUAGGUUCGGAUUCGGCUCCGCAUCCAGAGGAGGCAAAGAGUACGGCCACAGCGCUGCAUGGUUGCGCUGCAGGCGUAUUCACGUCUCCCAUUUUGCUCCCGCUAACGGCGCAUCUCCUUGAUUCGUUCGACGCCUUGGACAAGCUUGAAGCAUUCGUUAGCUCCAACGGACGCGCGUUCUAUGGAGUACCAUUGGCGGAUGGUGCUGGUGAUAGCGUGGUGUUGAGGAGGACAUCAGGCAAGGGAGUGGAUGUGCAGUUCUCAUUAGGUAACCACACCGUUGUUCCUUUCAUGGCCGGACAAAAGCUUGAGUGGGAGAUAGCCAAUUAAUUUAAUUGUACGUAGCAGAGAGAGAGACUCGGUCU